CCCGCUCUGCACCAGCACCAUGCCUGUGACACUGGGUUACUGGGACAUCCGUGGGCUGGCUCAUGCCAUCCGCCUGCUCUUGGAGUACACAGACACAAGCUAUGAGGAAAAGAAAUACACCAUGGGGGACGCUCCCAACUUUGACCGAAGCCAGUGGCUCAAUGAGAAGUUCAAGCUGGGCCUGGACUUCCCCAAUCUGCCCUACUUAAUUGAUGGAUCACACAAGAUCACCCAGAGCAACGCCAUCCUGCGCUACAUCGCCCGCAAGCACGACCUGUGUGGGGAGACAGAGGAGGAGAGGAUUCAGCUGGACAUUCUGGAGAACCAGGCUAUGGACACCCGCAUGCAGUUGGCCAUGGUUUGCUACAGCCCUGACUUUGAGAAACGAAAGCCAGAAUACUUGGAGGGUCUUCCCGAGAAGAUGAAGCUGUACUCGGAGUUCCUGGGCAAGAGAUCAUGGUUUGCAGGGGACAAGAUCACCUAUGUGGAUUUCCUCAUCUAUGAUGUCCUUGACCAGCACCGUAUAUUUGCGCCAAAGUGCCUGGAUGCAUUUCCAAACCUGAAGGACUUCUUGGCUCGCUUUGAGGGCCUGAAGAAGAUAUCUGACUACAUGAAAAGCAGCCGCUUUAGCUGCAAACAAAUCUUUGCAAAGAUGGCCGUUUGGAACUCAAAAUAGGACUUCGAAGCCCAGACCUGGCUCCCCACUCCUCUAUUUCUUCUCACAAGCCCUUCCUUCAGUCAAGCCUCUGGAUCCUACUCCUGUUCCUUUGCCCUGCCCUGAGUCCUGCCAUCCCUCAGUGCUGUUUGGAGGAAGGCGCCAGACUCCAGAAUCCAGCGAGGCCCGAGAGAUCAGAUCUGCCUGUGUGCUGGCUCUGGUCCCCAGAGUGAGCAACGGGGCCCUGUUUGAUCUCCAGUAAAGUCUGAAUGACA